AAACGUGUUUUUCCAACCCAAAAACCCUAGAGGGAUGGAUAAUAAGAGAAGAGCAGCUUCCUCCUUCGGCUUCCUCUGCGGCAGCGAAAACCCUACGAGUUAGAGCGGUUUUCCAACCGUUGCUGUCACCUCCUUCGGCCAGAUCGGACGCCGUCGCAGGAGCAAGAGUAGCCAAGAUGUAUACCGCAAGGAGGAAAAUUCAGAAAGACAAGGGCGCCGAGCCUUCUGAAUUUGAGGAGACAGUUGCACAGGCUUUGUUUGACCUUGAAAACACCAACCAAGAGUUGAAGAGUGAUUUGAAGGAUCUUUUCAUCAACUCAGCUGUCCAAGUUGACAUCUCCAGCAAUCGCAAGGCAGUUGUGGUUCAUGUUCCAUACAGAUUGCGUAAGGCCUUCCGCAAGAUUCAUGUGAGGCUUGUGAGGGAGCUUGAGAAGAAAUUCAGUGGAAAGGAUGUUAUCUUGAUUGCUACAAGAAGAAUUCUGCGACCUCCCAAGAAGGGUUCUGCAGUUGCAAGGCCUCGAAGUCGCACACUUACUGCUGUUCAUGAGGCAAUAUUGGAAGAUGUUGUAUAUCCUGCAGAAAUUGUUGGCAAGCGUAUUAGAUAUCGGCUUGAUGGAUCUAAAAUCAUGAAGGUUUACCUAGAUCCUAAGGAACGUAACAACACAGAAUACAAAUUGGAAACUUUCUCUGGAGUUUACAGGAAGCUUGCUGGGAAGGAUGUUGUGUUCGAAUAUCCGAUUGCGGAAACAGCGUGAUGGACACAGUAGAUUGGACAGAAUUAUUCGCAUUUACUUUGCAUUUUUCCUAGAUGUUGCAGUAUUUAUGAGCCAAAUUUUGUACUCGCAAUAGAGAGCAGGUUUCAUGUUUUGAGUGUGAAAUGCUCUACGAAGCGUGGAUUUUGGUAUGGUGUCACAAUUUGGAUAUUGUUAUCGCAGAAUUGCUUUCAUUUAGCAUUUAUGGAUGUCGUUAUGCUGUUCGGCUUUAGCUUUA